UCUAACGACUAGUUGUACGGUAUUCACGAAGCCGAGCGGUUCUCGAAAAUACUCUCUGAUAAUGGCGUUGAACGUUGAUAGAGAAGUCGAGUGGCUGACCACUUCAAUCUUGCCAGAGAUUCUAAAAAACGGACGUCUUGUGGACAAUUACAGCGAGUCACAGCUGAGCACAGUCAAGGUGGGGGACAUCAAAAUCGCCGUAAUCGGACCUGAAGAGGCGUUUAUGAUGACUCAAUGCUACCGAGCGACAGUUAAUUUUGAAUAUGCAGGCGAGGCGCAGCAGAGAAAAUUUGUUGUUAAGAAAACGCCAGAGAUACCGCCAGACGUUUACAAUGAUGCACAGUUCGAUGUUCUAUUCCACAACGAAGUUAGUUUCUACACCGAGAUACUACCUCUUAUUCUAAAGCUGAGCAAUGGCAAGUUUGCUGCACCCAAGUACUAUCACAGCGAGAUAAAACCGAACUUCGGUCUGCUCAUCCUGGGGGAUUUUUCAGCAGAUGGCUGGAGUGUGACAAAGGACAGAUUUGGCCUGAGUCUGGAGCACACUCGCAUUGCAGUUAAGUACUUGGGCAGAUUUCAUGGAUUUGGCUAUGCAAUGAAACACAGCCAGAAAGAGCGCUUCGAGCAGCUAACUCGUCAUUUCAGGGAAUCUCGUUACGCCAACGAUGUUAUCUUUCCCGAGUUUGAAUUAGUUGGAAAGACUGCACUAAAACGUGUUGCCAAGGCAACGACCACUUACCAUCCAGAAGUGGACAAAGACUUUGUCAAAAAGUUUCAGCAAACUGUGUGGGACUCUGUGGGCUAUGGACGUCAGCGUGUAGCGCCCAAGGAGCCACUCUCUAUCCUCUGCCACGGUGACUACCUGAGAAACAAUGUGGCUUACAAGUACGAUACGGACAAUAGUGGCACUCCCCUGGAUAUAAUGAUGUUUGACUAUCAGACAAUGCGUUUGUCCUCGCCCAUGAUCGACCUCACAACAUUCCUGGCCAAUUCUGUGCUCGCGGAUGUGCGUCAUAAGCAUUUCGGUAGUAUUUUCGAUGAUUAUUGCACUGCGCUCUUUGAGAGUUACACAAAGCACUCAGAUGGGAAACUUCCGGAAUUUUUGAAUCGCGAGAAUUUGCUGAAGGAGUACAUUCGCUUUUUGCCGUAUUCACUAAGUAUUUCGGCAUUCUUCCUAAUGAUGCUAGUCGAGCCUCCAACAUUGACGAUCGCAGAAAUGCUUGCCCUCCAGAAAUCAGAGGACGAAAUCAUACAGGAGGCUAUGUCGCAGGGCGGUGAAUUAGUCGAUCGUGAGAUUGCCCACCAAAUGAAGGAAAUGUUUGACCUGAGCCGCUUGCACAACGUUCAAAUCGAUGAAGAUAUUGAUAGCAGUAAAUGGAUUAAUAGUGUCGAAUUUGAAUAGAUAUUAACUCACGAAAUCUAGUCCGAAAAACUGUGAACUAGCAAAAAUAGAUUUCCAUUGGCAAUGCCUUUUGAUAUCUAUACCUGCUGCUUCGCUUAUAUACAUAUGUAUAGAUAAUUGGUGAUUGUCUUUUUAAAGGUGUGUAUAUCAAAAUAUGUUAUCAAUUAGAUAUGUUGUCCCAAAUUAGGGUUUAAUAAAUAAAUAUUUUUGUAAGUGUGUAUGUA